AUGGGACUCACGUUGCCUACCCCAAGGCCGCCGACUUCGGAGUCUUCCGGCCUCCUGGCCAAGGCACUCCCCUCCGGAACUCUGUUCCAGUAUGUCCUGGCUCUACUCGUCGUGUAUUUCAUCAUCUACCUCGUAGUAGGUGAAGUAGCACGGUAUCGUUCCCGUAUUCCCAACCUACCGGGGCCGCGAGGUCUUCCAUUAGUUGGUAGCCUGCCUUGGCUCAGAGGCAAAGUUCAUGCAGAGCAAUACCGUCUAUGGUCACUCAAGUAUGGAGACGUCUUCCAAGUUCAGCUGGGAGAGCGAACCGCCGUGAUAGUGAACAGCGCUGCAGCUGCUCGGUCCUUAUUCCUUGGACAACGAGAGGCGAUGAAUUCUCGUCCCUUAUUCUACGUUCUCCAUGGGAAGGUUCAAGGGGGUUCAGCAGUCACCAGUAUCGGAACCAGUCCCUGGAGUGACAGUUGCAAAAAGCGUCGCAAAGUCGGAGCUACAGCCAUGAAUAAGGUAGCAGUUGAUUCCUAUCAGCCGACCAUCAACGCUGAAUCAAGAGGAUUCAUAUCGGAUCUUCUAGCCGCCUCGCUAUCAAACGAAGAUCACAUUGUUGACUUUCGUGACUCGGUUCGCAAGUACGCAAUGAAUCUAGUGCUAACCCUCAACUACGGAACCAGAGUUGAGAACAUCAAACAGUUACGCGGAGACACGAUUUUUGCCGAAAUGGUCCUCGUCGAGACCGAAAUCUCUCGACUUCGCAACGUGUCACAAAACUACGAGAACUACAUUCCUCUGUUGCGACCCAUCGGGAAGGUUCUUUCCUGGGUUGGAGUCCGUGACGAUAAGUACAUGGCAGAGAUCGGUAAACGCAGAGUUGGAUAUCACAAGGCUCUUUUGGAAAAUCUGAGGUCUGAAGUUGCGGCUGGCACAGACAAACCCUGCAUCCAAGGCAAUGUGCUCAAAGAUCCCGAGAGCAAGGGCUUAUCUGAGGGCGAACUGCUAAGCGUCAGCUUGAGUAUGAUGGCGGGAGCUGAUACCAGUCAACCCACAGUCGGAUGGGCUCUGUUGCUUCUUUCACAGCGACAGGAUCUGCAACAGAAAGCUUAUGAUGCGAUUGUUGAAACUGACGCCAGCAUACUCAGCGCCGCAGACGUGUCAUCGUUCAAAGUUGAAUAUGUCGAUGCGUUUACCAAGGAAGUCGGUCGUUACUAUACAUCUCUAAAGCUUGGCCUCCCAAGAGCUACUCAUGAUGAGCUGGAGGCAAAUUGGAACGGAGCCACCAUCCCAUCAAAAACCCUGGUGUUUCUCAAUGCCUGGGCCUGUUCGCAAGAUCCUGCUCUAUUCCCGGAACCGCUCGUCUUCAGUCCCGAGCGAUGGAUAAAUGCUGGCACCACGGCUACCACCCACCUUCACCAAUAUGCAUUUGGCAUAGGGGGUCGCAUGUGCAUUGCGAACCACCUCGCUCACAAGGCCUUAUACACAGCAUUUUUACAUUUGAUUUCUCAUUUCAAAGUUCUACCUGCUGUAAACAACCUCAAUGACCCAACUACCAUCGAUCCAUUAGAAGGGCUUUUGGACAAGGAGUCUUUCGUUGCCACUCCCAAAACCCAGUUCAUCCGGCUAGUCCCAAGAGACGUUGCCAGAACCAAAAGUAUUUUGCUUUCAGAUUAG